CGCAAACAUAACGCGCCACCAGGCGGAGAUGUUAGAAUUUCGGCUUGCGAUCGACGGGGUUCUUGGUUUUAGCGACAAAAUCUGACCGGCAAAUAGCUUCCAUAUCCAGAGCCUUCACUUGGCCCUCAAGACAUGGUCAUGGAAACGCCAAAUGCAGUCUGUAUAGGGCGAGAGUUCGUCCGACAGUACUACACGGUGCUAAAUAAGUCACCAGAGUGCCUACACAGGUUCUACAGCCAGGACUCUUCGUUUGUGCAUGGGGGCUCGGAGAAGACCGAGAAGGGUUCAUGUGUGACAGGUCAGCAGGACAUUCACUGGCGCAUCAUGCAGCUGGACUUUCGCGAUUGCCACGCCAAGAUACGUCAGGUGGACUCUCACUCGACCCUCGGAGACGGAGUGGUGGUCCAGGUGACGGGGGAGCUGUCCAACGCGGGCCAGCCCAUGCGUCGCUUCAUGCAGACCUUUGUGCUGGCUCCCCAGACGCCCCGCAAGUACUAUGUGCGCAACGACAUCUUCUGCUACCAGGACGAGGUGUUCACGGACAACGAAGACGAGAAUGGGGACGAGGCUGUGACGUGCGUUCAGGAUGGUGGGGAGGAGACGUCUGCGGCGGAAGAGGCUGUUCCCCACGAGAUGACGAAUGGGGUGCCCCCUUCCCCUUCAUCCCCACCGCAGGCUGCUACGGCUCCUUACUAUGAGCAGCAGGAACUGGUUCGGAAUGGGACGUCCCAGACAAUGGAAGUGCUCUCUGCCCCCAGCGCCGGAGUGCAGCAGGCAGGCCACACAACAGCUGAUGUGACCUCACCCGUUCAGCAGCAGGUUGUGCUGAGUGAUUCUUCUCACGAGGUAGCUGCCCAGCCCUCCAAUUGGGAGGAAGAAGAGCCUGCUCCCGUUGCCACAACGCUGGCGUCUGGCAACACCAGUCAGACUUCUCAAGAGGCGAAGACAUACGCAAACAUGGUGAGCAAAAACUCUGCACCCGGUUUCACCUCUCUGAACCAGACUCCCCCUGCGCCAUUUGGUGGUGCCAUCCACGUGACGAGUGCCCCUGUCGCCUCGUUGCCCCGCUUCACGGGAGAGGUGGUGUCUGGGGGGCUGCCCCCCAGAGACCAGCCACCACAGCAGCAGAGGUUUGUGUCCGGAGCGGCGCGGACGCGCAACCGCGGGGCCGGCAUGGGGCAGACGCCUCCGAGGCGGACGGAGCAGCAGCGGGAAGUCAACCAGCAGCAGCAGCAGUCAUCGCCACCUGGCGGAGAUGAAGGCCUGGGAAGUCUUGGGGCGCCACAACGAAAGACCCAGUACCCAGACACACAGCAGGUGUUCGUCGGAAACUUGCACCACUCGAUUCGUGAGGACGAAGUGAAACAGCGCUUUGCAGAGUUUGGCAAGGUGCUUGAGUUCCGCAUCAACAGCAAGCCCAAUGCCAAGAUGCCCGGUGGAAAGGUCGUGCCGAAUUGCGGCUUUGUGGUUUUCGACAGCCCCGAAGCAGUGCAGGCUGUUUUGGAAAAAAACAAGGAGAUCAAGAUUGGUGACCAUCGCCUCAACGUAGAAGAAAAGAAGACUAAGCAGCGGCUGGCCGAGACUCGCGGAGUGGCCCCCUUCUCAGUCCCUCCCCAGCGUGGAGGAGGCAGCGGAGGAAACACGGGGAGCGCCGGCGGUCGGGGCCGAGGCAUCGGCGGGCGCGGGGGCACCUUCUCCCGCGGGUCACGCAACGCUUCGAGCUACGUGGCCAGACACUGAACGCUGCCUGCCGGAUUCCUCUUUUUUGCCAGUCCAGAUUUGUGCUCGUUCCCUCUAAUCAACCAAAACGAAAAAGAUGCCCCCCCAUUGUUUUUUGUUUUGACACUCUUGUUCACAUUCGAAGGUGCUCCUUUGCAAACCCGCUGGAGAACGGAGCAGCCAGGAAGACCUAUGGAAAUGGAAGCUUUUUCCGCACCGGUCGUUUACCCCCACGUCGCCCACACAAACCCUCUUCUUUUUUCUUUUUUUACCCCGGACUGCGCAUCGUGCUCCCCGUUGAGUGUCCCAAACUUCCUCCGCUACGUGCAUUUGUGAAUGCGGUGGAGGAACUGACCCUUAACUUCCACUCCUCCACAAAUGGGACGUGCGUUAUAGUGACUAUUUAUUCACGAGCUAUAUUUCUUGUACAUAUUCCAAACGUUUAAGAAAAGAAAAGACAAGAUGAGUUAAGAGCUGGAUCUCGGAAUUCACGCGUUGUUUGGGAGACACCCGGAAAGGAGAGCGCUGUGUGUCGGCGGAGUCUGCUUGGUGAGCUCUGCCACACACUCACCCCACCACCACUCAGAAUCAUCCGAGGGCGUUUUUUUUUUUUUUUUUCUUUUGACCCGUUCUUGUGCGGUCCUGUACAGAUCUACAAUUCUCUUAUUUUUUUGCGAGAUGAAAAGCGUCUGACUUCCUUUUCCUCCCCCCCCUGCACCCUUGCUGCCACCAACCUUCGUAGUGCACUUUGUUCUGCCAGGGAAAUGUGCACGUUUCCUGUCCUUUUUUAAACAGUCUUUCGGAGAAGCACGCACAUGCGUGUGUGUACUAUUCAUUGUAAAUAUGGAGUGCGUCAGUGACUCAAAAGCAGUAGCGCCCCCCUCCUGUUUCGCGGGUGGUGCCCUACGUUAGUCCUUUUCUUUUGUAAACACUCUCCCGCCCCCCUUUUCCUCAAAGAGUAUGCUGUUUUUCCAUCAUCAUCAGCUGUUUUUAUAUGAGAAUGGUAAAAAACGAUGAUUACUUCAUAGCUGUAAGUUAAAAAGAAAGCAACCAAUCUAGUGUGAGAGAGAGAGAGAGCUUUAAAAAAAAUAAAAACUUGUGCGACUGAAAAACGU